AAUGGCGGGUACCGAACCGGAGAAUAAGUCUUAUGUAGACUUACGAGAAAAGCUUAACAAGAAUUCAUCUACCAACAAAAAGCAGUUCUGGGAGAAUAGAAAGCGGAAACGUGACCAAAAUGUUGUUUCACAUCGCCAAUAUCCAACGCAUGACAGAGAAAUUGAACUGCAGAAAGUUCAUCAAGGAAUUCGUCAGCGAAUUUUAUUCGAUAAAGAGGAAUGCGACAAAAUUGAACAAAAAAUCGACGAAAUAGUUCAUUGUGCAGAUGAGGGAAAUUAUAAAAGCAGAACAGUUGAUAGAGCACCAUUACGCGUUAAAUAUUUCUUCGGAGAGGGCUACACGUACGGGAAACAGCUCACAGAGCGAGGACCCGGACAGGAGAGACUUUUUCCUCGGGGAGAAGUCGAUGAAAUUCCGCAGUGGAUUUAUGAUUUGGUUGUAUUGCGGCUGGAGAAGGCUGGAAUCGUGCCUAAAGGCUUUGUGAACAGUGCUGUGAUUAACGACUAUCAACCCGGAGGUUGCAUAGUUUCGCACAUCGAUCCACCACACAUCUUUGACCGUCCAAUUGUUUCGUGUUCGUUUUUCAGCGAAUCCUCGCUCAGUUUUGGCUGCAAAUUCAGUUUCAAACCUAUUCGCACAUCAACGCCAGUCUUAACACUUCCACUACCUCGAGGCUGCGUGACAACUUUAAGCGGUUAUGCAGCCGAUGACAUCACACAUUGUAUCAGACCUCAAGAUGUGAAAGCAAGAAGAGCUGUGAUCAUUGUAAGGAGAGUAUAUCCAGAUGCACCAAGACUUGAACCAUUAAUUAAUGGCAGCAAGGAUCAAGAUGGGGAAAGUAACAGAGACAGUGAUGAUGAUGAAGAUGAAGAAAAUGAUGAAGAGCCCCCAUCACCCAAGAAGAAACGUGUGGUGUUGAAAAGGAACUUUAAACGUCCCAGCCAAGAAGCUAAGAAUACCUCUGAUCAGUAAGGAGACUGAUAAUUUGAUCAAGUGAUGACAGUCCAGCAGAGGAUAUAAUAUUGGUGCAAGACAUCAGAAAUAGCUUCAGUGAAGGUUCAGUUGGACAAACAUCAUUCUGGCUGGGGCCAGAGCUCAGUCCUUCCCAUGGAUCUAAGACAGGCUUGUGUAGUUUAACCUUAUAUAUGUUGUGACUUGCUGUUCAAGUCACAAAUGAUAGUUGCAGUCUAUAGGUUAGAUCUGUGUUGUGGCUUUUUUUGUGCCAGUCAUGUUUAAUUCAAAUUUUUCUCAUUCUGUUAUGUAGACAUUGCCUCUAUUGUAUAGUUUUUAGUCAAGAUCUUUUAAAUUGCUUUCAAUCUGUCAAGCUUCCUGACCUGUCAGUAGUGUGCAAAUGUAUUGGUCAAUUUUGAAACUUGUCAUUUGCUCAUUAUAUUGGUGACUGUUUAUCUUGAAAAGCAACUGGCCUUUAAAGUGACCAAAAUGAUUUCAAUUUCUUAGUUCCAUCCUAUGGUUUGUGAAAAGUAAUACUUGAUUAUUUGGAAUGCCAAUGUGAUCCUUUCUGCAAUUUGAAUUUCUUUGGACAGAUACUGACGAUUUUUUUACAACCCUAGUAAUGCUGAAUAAUGAGGGCAGAAUUGGGGAUUUCAGCUCUCAGGAAGUCAAGGUGUUCAAAAUUCCAUAGACAUAAAUCCCUGUCAAAUCUGUAUGAGUACUGAUUUUAUCUGCCCUGUUCUAUACUGCCUUUUACAACAUAGACCCAAAAUCUUUUCCAUUCUUCUCAAAAUGUUUUCCACCAGAAACACUGACAAACUCAGUGAGGUUUGCUUAAGGAGAACAAAACUAUCUCCUUUCAUUGGAGGGGUUGGUGAAAAGGUCAUUUUUGGCAUAAGCAGUUUUUGUUCAGAUGCUGGCAAUAAAAGAUUUGAUCAUAAAAUGAUUUUUAAACCAUAGAAUGGAACUAAAGACAUGAAAAAAAACCCAAAUAAGUGGUACUUCAAUCACCAUGUUGAUUAUUGGUCGAAAAAAAAAACACUAUGGAAGUUAUAGUACUGUACAUAUACAUUGCCAUAUGUCAGCCUUCCUUCCCAAGUUAUUUAGGCACUGUAUAUUGUAUAUACAAAGAUUUACCCAAAGGUGUAUGUAUCAUGAAGGUAGCAUGUACUUCCAAAGAAGUUGGUUUACAAAGCAAUUGCCAGUUGGGACAGUCUGAAGGAAGGUGUUUUUGUUAAUGAUGUGUUCCUUGUACUUUAUCCUUUCAAUUCAUGUUCUCUUAGUUUUAAGCUACAACCUGUUUUGCAGCAUUUGCAAGAAUUUCAAUUUAUGAUAUACUUUUAUCAAGCAACCUUUAGAUUUGCCAAAAAAAGUACAAGGGGAAAUGGAAACCUUCAUUUCGUUGGGUGCUAUAUAUAAAGAUGUACUCCACUAGUUAGUUUCAGAAUCACAUUUGAAUCAUUUUUUUGGUAAAUUGUUUGCACAAUUGACCAUUUUGUGGUUUAACAUUGGAACAGAACUCUAUGGUAAUGAAUUAAAGUGUAGUUUGAUCAGAAGCUGUGUAAAAUAUGUCAAAGAAUGCAGUCAAUAUUCUAUUUUGGGACAACUUUUGAUUUACAUGCAACAGAAUGUUGUUUUCAGUGAAAAUGGAAAUCAAAUCAUACAUGCUUGCUUUCUGAACCAAAGUAAAUAAGAAACAUGACAGUUUCUUUUGACAAGUAGCAGCUUUGUUUUGUCAAACUAGAACUGUUAAUUUCUGAAUGCAUUGUUAAUUUUUAUUUAAUUAAAAACCUUUAUGCUGUACAAGGUUUCCUAAGCAGACAAGACACAUUUGUUGUGGGGCAGUUGGUUCUCGGGAAUUUUUUUGUAUUUGGCCUGUACUAGAUAAUUUCAAAUUGUGUACUAGGCAGUUUAAGGUUAUGCAUGGUUCUGUGGCAAUUCAAAUGAACUCGAUGUAUUACUAAAGAACAUAUCUUUAUAGGGAGACUCUUACAAUAUGUCCAUGAGUGAAGAAAAUGAGGCCAUUUAAUUGAAAACUUCUGAUUAAUAUAUUCCUUUAGCACCCUAACAUCAGUAUGCAUCUUCUCCAAAUUGUUCUCUCUACAUUUCUUAAGGUGCUGACAAGGAGAAUUUGUUUAACAAUCAAGAGUUUCUUUAGUUGGUGAUCAUGUCCUUAAUUCUCAUGACCUUAAUGUGUGUGAUGCAGGGGUGUUAUUGAAAGGAGAAAUAAGAUUCUAGUCUCUCCAAGGGGUUGGAGGGUUAACUCCCCUAAGUGACUAAGAUGGAAUUUCUCCUUACAAUAUCAAUUCACUAUGAAGCAGACAAGUAUGAGAAUAAAAAAAAAAUAAUAAUUAGGGCAUUAUUAGUUGAUCCAUUACCAAAUUAUUGGAACUAACAUGAGAAUUGUUUGCCGGACAGGAAGGGGAAUUGUAAUGAGGUCUUGGGUGUUAAAGGGUUAAAAAUCUUCCUGUUAGAUUUUUUCCUGAAUACUUUUUAAACUUUGCUAUUAUGUGACAUAGGGGGGUAAAUUUGACUGUAAAUAGAUUGUUUGUGUUUUGCCUGGAGCAACUCGUUCAGGGAUAAAAAGGCUGUGUGUACACCCGCUAGUAUGAGUAAUUAGUAUUGUGAAGACAAAUUAUUUACGUGACCAUAUUCUACGCUGUAAAUAUUCACAAUGUAUACCUGCAAUACAUGAAUAAGAAAAUGUUUA